GGCCUACGUUGCAACCACGCUCUUCCCUAGAACGUAUUCAGGACCGCGGUGUGUUUCACGAUAGGCCGUGUAAGCCUUCGCUUUUUCGCGUCUUACGCACUCGCGCGUCUACUAGGCUGUUCCGACAUUUUGGUACCGCCGCGUCGCACACGGCAACACCUCCGCGGUUUUUUCGCGCGGCGCAUUCUUUUUGCCCCGGUGCUUCGUUCGUGGCGCGUACGAAAAAAUUGGAGGGAAGGAAAAAAGGGAAAGGCGAAAGGUGGUUUUAGUUUCCUUCUCUCUUUCUCUCCUUCUUUCGAUCGUGGGAGAGGCGCAGAAACGGAGGAUGAAGCGGGAAAAGAGAGAGGGGGUCAAAAUCUUGGCAACGUUGGAGGCUUUUUCAUUUGAUGCGCAUCGGAUUCCGGGACGCUUGGAAUCGCUUCGGUUCCCAUGAGUCUCCGCGGCAAUCCGAGUAAAGGGAUAGAGGAGGGGCGUCUACGCGGCUGGUGGGGAGAGCUUUUUUCGUUUUACAAACUGGUUCAAUUUUUUCUCAAAAAGCGGGUGAACACCGCGGAAACCGGUUGUGUCUACGCCGACUCGGGACCCGACUAGCCGAGGAGGAGGCGUCGGAGGGGAAUGGUCUUCUCUUCGCAGCUCCAGAGAAAACACGUGAGACUGAGGAUCGUCAGGGGCAGCCGUGAUCGAGGUACACGUUCGAACGGACUCGCGUGUAAAUGCUUCGAAGGCCACCGUGUUGCAGGCAUUCAUCCGGUUGACAGAGGUCCGGGUUGCUUCGACUUGGAGAACGAGCCUGUCGACUGACUGCGCAUCGACCGAUACCUUCUAACGAAGAAGGAAGGCGGUGGGAUUACGGUGAACCGCAAGAACGGAUCUUUGGCUUGGACAAGCUACUGGCGGUGCCAGAUCCGCGCAUGCUUCAGCAACGAGGCAGUUCAGCAACGACACCACCCGCGACGUCAUCCACCAACAUGUUCCCCCAACAAUAUUGCCUACGAUGGAAAUACCAUCACAGCAACCUACAGACCAUGUUCUCACAGCUGCUCGAGCGACAAGCUUAUUGCGACGUCACUUUAGCCUGCGAGGGCAAGACUCUCAGAGCGCACAAGGUAGUUCUAUCAGCGUGCAGCACGUACUUCGACACGAUCUUGUCUCAGUACGAGGAGAAGGAUCCCAUUGUCAUAAUGCGGGACGUCAAAUUCUCAGACAUCAAAGUCCUCGUCGAGUUCAUGUACAAGGGAGAGAUUAACAUUGAUCACACGAGAUUGUCGUCCCUGCUGAAAACCGCGGAGGAUUUGCAUAUCAAGGGCCUGGCCGAGGUGAGCUGGCGUAGCGAUUCCACGCAAAAUGAUCUAGGAAACAGCGGUCACAGUCCCGGCGCGGCGACUCCAGGUGUCGAGACGGUCCUCAGGGAAGGUGACGCCGACGAACCACCACCUCCGAAGCAAAGACGCAGAGGGCGUCCGCCUCUGGACGACCCACCCUCGGCUCACGAUGUUUUCACACCGAAAAUCACAUGUAUCACCGGAAAUGUACGUCAAGAGGAAAUGAUGAGCGAGGGCGGUGACCACGAGAGUUGGGACGACGAAAUGAUGAUGAAUGAAAAUAACGAAACGCCACUGCCGGUGCUAUCGUACAUGUCGAAGGAUGACAACGCAUCCGACCAGGAAAAGAAAGCGCCUACCACUCCCUCGAAUUCCAACGCCACGAACCUAUCGAUCCCCGAGCAAUUCCGAGACGUCGUGAAGAUGAACGAUUACCUGACGACGGGACGCCGCCAAGAGUUCUGGGAGGAGCCGUUCACGCGACGCGUUAUGGAUGCCAUUAAGAGCAAAGAACUGGAAAUGAAGACUGCUGCCGAGAUACUUGGCGUGUCUUACGGAACCCUCUACGGCAGAUAUCGCGACAGUUAUGGUUGCCUUAAACAUCCGUAUAGAGUAAGGGACUUUUGGUCAGAGCCUGGGCCAGCGGAAGUGUUAGCCAAACUACGAAGGAAAGAGAUCACGUUGUUCCGUGCAGCCGAGUUCCUUAACGUGACCGUCCACACGUUGGCAACCUAUUUGUCAACGCUACAGGGUCCAGACAGGAUUUCGCUAGCCGGUGACUUGAGCGUUGCGUCGGGUGCCAUCGACGGCAACAACGAGACUCCGGAGAACAACGAGUCGGUGAACGAUAUCCUGCAGAAGAUCAACGCGAACGCGGCCACGACAGCGACACCGACAACCUCGACUCCCAUCAAGAGAGAGGGAGGAGGCUACAUCGAGGUACCAACGCCCGUCCCAAAGCCAGCGACCUCGGUGCUCGAAAACAACCCGGAUAUCACGAUCGUGAAAACAGAAGGCAUGCCCCGCAAACGGGAGUACGCGAAAGUUUCGAACACGGAGAACAACAACGCAAAACUGAUGAGUGGCGGCGCUGUUAGCGAGGUGACGCAACAACAGCAACAACAACAACAGCAAAAGAUCACCGAUCCGUUGUCGUUGAACAACGACAACAGCAAACCCUAACUAUUCAGGCCUUAUCUGCAACCGGCGAAUCCCCGUGCACCGAGCGCUAACUACAGAUCCGAGCUGUGCCCUCGCAGAUUCUAUUCGAACGUGUUUACUCGCUUCCUCACGAAUUUUCAUUUGAAGUAGAAGAAGAUGAAGAUGAAGAAGAAGGUGAAACGCGUCGCGCUGUCCGUGUUAAUAAUUAUUUGUCGUCGUGACGUCGUCGUCGCAGCCUUGGCCCGUUCGUUGACGCUCCACGCACGCCAGCCCACGCCAGCAAAAAUGUAGCUUUAGACAAUCUCGCGUGUACGAUCGUCGUCGUGGCAUAGGUUGGAGUUGCGUCGACAGCAGGCAAAACUGUCGCGAGUAAACAGGAAACAAAAAAGAAAGAAAACGUUAUUAGCGAGAGUUAUAUCGAGGGAUAUAUUGAAUGCGGAGUCGACUUAUUUUCGACGAAGGAGCUUGCGAAGCGAAGGGCUUGUUGUGUUCGGUGGUCCUGCCUUUGGAUCCGGUUCGAUUCUAUCCCAUUGCAUGGGAGCAACGCCUGCCGCAUAUAUUUUCCGAGUAAAACGAACAGAGUGCGUCGAAACUAGAGAACGAUUCCUUCUUAAGAGUUAGUACCUAGCGAUACGGUUCUUCGUUACUUCAAAAUUGGUUCGCUUUAAAUCCAAAGUCAGUAGCGAUUAUCGAGAUCGGUGUUUGGCCUUCGUGACAAGGAACAAACAAAAUGAGAAACAGGAAAACUAGGACUAAAAAGAAAGGGAAAAACACACAAAAAAGAAAGAAUGAAGAAAAGAGAUGAAUGAAAGAAAGAAAGAAAGAAACGUGUAAUAAAGUUCAAUCGAAGUUCCUUUUGAAUAACGAUGUAGGGUGUAUCGCGAAAAGAAUGCCUAGACUAUUUUCUGCCGCAUGUGUCUGUAUGGUAGCACGUAAAGAGCGACAAUAUUAUUCACCCGUAGACCCGUCAGUAUAGCGAUCCCAGAGUGACAGUUCUUCGAGAAUAGAUGUUUCUCGUGCGAUCGUCGUUUUAAACAAACAUUGCACGAGCGUAUAUUUCAGCGGUAUAUUGAAAAUACACUUUUGCAACGGGAGCCUUAAAUCGUUCGAGCAUUAGAAAUGUUUUACAGAUGCGAUUCGCCGAGAUUAUAAUUUGUAGCAUAUAUCAUUUUUUGUCCAAGCAUAUCGGCCAAUGACGAAUUUCGCACUUGUGUUUUCUGUUUCGAACGGUUUGAUUUGUACAUUUCAAGGCAUGCCUUCUCAAGGAACGAUCUUCUGCUAAAGGAAUGCUCGUUUAAAUAUGUAGUACGUUAGAAAAAUCGGGAUUCGAUCCGUUAAGGAGGAAACGGUACAAUUCUAUUUUCCUUGUUUCUUUCGUUCAUUUUCUGUCUGUCUGUCUCUCUCUCUCUCUCUCUCUCUCUCUCUCUCUCUCUCUCUCUCUCUCUCUCUCUCUCUCUCUCUCUCUCUUCCUUUCUCUCUCUCUCUCUCUUUCUCUCUCACUCCCUUUCUCACUUUGUAUUUACGACAGUAUAUACAAUUUAUCGCAUCUAUAGAUGAUAUUUUUUUAGAAACCUCGUUUAAGUAUAUUAUAUAUACGCGAGCUUUUUUUUCCUCCUUUUUUGUUUCCUUUUUUAAAUUUUUUAUUUUCUUUUUUUUAUGUAUAUAUAAAUUAAGUUGUUGACGUCUUAAAUGGCUUUUAUAUAAGCAAUGAUUGCUAAUCGAUAUCAAAUAUCACUUAAAAAGGAAAUACACGCAUAACGUCCAUUGUAAAUAUCGGUGCAAUAGUAAGACCUGAAAUUAAUAUUAUUUGCCACAAAGUGUGCGUUUAAUCGCUAUUUUAAAGGGAAGAAAAAGCAAAGCAGAAAUGGGGAAACGAAGAAGGGACAUGCUGUUUUUAGCGUCGUGCAAUCGCAUUCAAAUCCAUAUUGCUUUGCAAAAGCGAGGAUGAAAGAAACGAAUGGAAAUAAGAACGGGGAAGAUAAAAGAAAAAAAAAAAGAAAAAAAAAAGAAAAAGGUAUAUCGAUGCGACUAUUUUGGGCCGAUCGAUCGAUGAUGCCUUGUUGGUGCGCACCUACUUGCGAGAAACUUGCGAAAAACUUGCGUUUAAACUCGUAAGAAAAACAAAUUGUUCGUUGGCGUCGUGUCUACGCGUAGCUAGACGCGAAGAAGAGCGAAAAAAAAACAAAGUUGCAUGUGCGCACGAUUUAAACUGUACUACAUGAGACAUUUCGACUGGGAAAAGAUAUGAGUAUUCCUGUCCGCUGAAGGCGACAAAAAACAAACAAACAAACAAAAACACUAAGUAAGAAGUAAUAGUAUAGUAGAGGUAUUCUCGAUAUGAUAUUUUUCGACGAUAUAAGACUUAGUUGUGUUGAGAGGACUUAUGCAGAGAGGGUACUUGUAAAGUAAUCCAGAGAAAAAAAUGGUGUAACUUGUGAGAAAAAAAAAGCCGGACGCACAGGAAGAACACACAGUGUCAUAGAGGAGGGUUAGCGACGAGGAGAGAAUUGAAACGAAAAAAAAAAAAAAGUGGUACUGUGAAAUGUGUACAUACAGAAGCGUAGGUUAAAUAGAGCGAUCGAAUGCGUGGAAACGUGAACACGCAAAGAAUAUUAUAUAUAUAUAUAUAUAUCUCUUUUUCUCUAGAGGAAAUUCUAAAAUCGACUGACUAUUAAUGAUAAAGAUGAUGUUUAAACGAUUAACUGCUCCAUGAGCAUGGGAGAAAUAGCGUUAUACGUUCGACGAGGAUCACUAGUAUUUUCCGAAAUGAAAACAAGUUGUUUUACGUUUUCUGUUUUUUUCUCUGUUUCUUUUUUGUUUUUAGUAAAUAUAUAUAUAUUGUAUUGUUUAACUCUGUUGGAAUCAAGAACAGAGGAUAAUCUUUCUGAUUACUUUACGAGUGCUCUGGACCGACCAUUUUACCACGUAUAAGUAUCAAUUUUAUACGAUAACUUUGCACCGUUCGAUAUUUUUAUUCGUAAACUAUGGGACACCGUCGAUGAUAUAGAUCUGUUCAUCCUCCCAUUCAUUAAUUUAACUCUCCUCGAAUUUCAUGAUAUCUUUCUAAAUCUCUUUUCCAAUCCUCUCUAUCUCUUUCUUCCUCAUCCCCUCCCUUACUCUGUCGUUCAUUAUUAUUAUUAUUACUAUUAUAAUUAUAAUUAUUAUUAUUAUUAUUAUUAUUAUUAAUAUUAUUAUUAUUAUCAUCUUCAUCAUCAUCAUCAUUAUUAUUAAUAUUAUUAUUAUUAUCAUUAUUAUUAUUAUUAUUAUUAUUAUUAUUAUCAUUAUUAUUAUUAUUAUUAUUGUUACUAUUUCCUUUUUUAAGUAAAGUAAGACUAAGACAUACCAAAUGAGAAAUGUAAGGACAAGUUUUGUUAGGUUAGUACUAUCGCAUAUCAAGAACGCAAGAAUAUAUGCGCCUGAAGCACUCUGUAUUGCCUAUGCACGUCCCGGUGAAACGUAGCUGGGGCGCACAAGACCACUUUUACUCUAGCAAGAGUAUACGACUAGAAGUAUUAAUAUUUAAUAUUAAUAAUCAACGCGGAUUGUCCAGAAUGGAUGGUCAUGUUUUUGAGGAUCAACAUCGAGCCAUUUUGAACAAAAAGAAACAAACGAAUUUAAAAGGAAGUGAAGAAAGAUAAAAAAAAAUUCAUCAGACAAAGGAGUUCGAUGUUUCUAUUUCUUUUUUCUUUUUGUUUGUUUAAUUUUCUCAAUUGAUCGUUGAUUUUUUUGUUUCGGUUUCAUUUUUGUUUUCUAUCGGCCAAUUGAUCCUUGGAAAAAUUACCUACUCUUUUUACCGUCCAUACGGACACCAAGUUUAACGUUAGUCUUUUUUUUUUCUUUUUUCUUUUUUUGCAACGUCUCUUUUCUCUUUUAUUCUAAUCGAAAUGCGAUCAUAUUCUUUUUAAAAACGAAUCUUCUUCGCGAGAGUACAAAUUACAAUGGGACUUUUGUUAACCCUGUUGGUGCCAUGGACGCUUUUGAAAAAAAGGAAACGUUUCACGUGUUUUGUCCUGCCCGUCUUUACAUCGCGUCUCUUAUCCUUCAUUUUUAGGCACCAAGACGGUUAACGAUUAUCUUCUUACAUUAUUAUUAGACGAAAUCGUCGAUUCGUUUAAUAAAUAUAUAUAUAUAUUUUCUUUAUUAUCUUUUUUCGUUUAACGAGGAGAUCGCGCGUAUGCCAAACCGUACGUCUCAAAGACUGAUGGCCAUUCAUUUGGAGGUUCUUGUAAUGGUAAUCUCACGCCGCGCGACCUUGUAAACCGUCGACAAGAUCGCCGGAGUACAUCGACAUUGUAUGAGAAGACAGGACAAGACUAGCCUAUUAUUGGCGAACGAUGCCCGAUCGCCGUGCGCAUCGUACAAUGAGACUAAAAAAAUUGAUAUCAUAAUUAUGUGUCGUUUGAUAUAAACGAGUAAUGAAUAUAGUAUGUAUCAUCGUUUUAUACACAACCUAAUUAUAUCUACGUACACUAUGUACAUUCCUAGUAUACACUAUGUCACUGUCACACACAUUUGCAUUACACGCGCAUUAACAAAAAGAAAAAAACGCAUGGACCUAUUGUAUACGUGUACGCGCGUGUGCAUCCGCACGCACAAAGAGCGUGUACGCGUGCGUAUGCACAGACGCGCACGCAGAGACACAAUACACAUAUGAAUAUAUUUAUAAUAAUUAUAUAGCUAUUCCAAAACGGACCACCGCGACAUCGACGUACGAAGAUCAUUUUAAAAAAAAAUACAAAUACAAACGAGAUAGAAGAAAUGAAAGGAAAAUAAACAAAAAAGGAAAAAAAAAAGAAAGAAAACCGAGGGAAAAGAAGUAUAUGAGGAACUCUUAAUCGACGAUAUUUAAAUGCGUAUUAAAAUUAACGAUCGUCGGUUAAAAUUAACCAGCGUUACGUUUCGUUGUUAAGAGAACAGCAUCGCCGUUAUCAGUGUCUCAUGUAUAACAACGCAAUCGAGUCUCUGUCAAUUUUACAAAUACACACGAAAAUUCCCGAGUGUAUACGUGUAUACAAGGAGAAUAACGAAGAAGUGAAAAAAAGAAAAAAAUGAAAAACAAAAUGUAAUAAAACACGCAUGUAUAGCAAAAGAGGUUGUUACACUUAAGCACAAUAGAGAAGACAAAGUAUAUGAGUAUAGUUUUACACGAAGGCUUUAUCGCCCGUUUAGUUUUAUACUUGAGACACGAAGAAAAGGCUGAAACGGUUAGACGAUAAAAACAGUUCGAAACCCCUCUGUUCUGCGUUCUCGUUCUUUCUCUCUCUGCUGUCCGUAAGAAUCGAAAAGUAAAAACAGAAAAAAAAAAAAAGAUACAAAACGAAACGAAAUCAGAUUUUUGUUUUUCUCUUUUACCGAUGGCGAAUUAUCGUCAUAUGCCCGACCAUCGCGUACACAUACACGCGCGCGUUACGCGCAUGCGCAUUCGUAACGCAUCCGUUUCGUACAGAAAACUUCCUCUUCCACUGCCCAUUUGUCUCCUUUUUCUGUUUUCUCUUUCUUUCUCAAAGUUUACGUUAAUUUGGUUUAAUUUAAUUAGUACUAUGUAUACACAGAAAUAUUUUGAAAAUCAUCGGAGAAUGCGACGACGGAUACCACCGAUCGAUCGGUGGAGCGACAUCGCAUUCUCGUUUCCACGAAGUAUCAUUUCUCAUUAGCCAAAGUUUAGAAUUUGCGUUCAUUAUCUGUAAUUCUUUUUCUUGCGCGAACCACAGCUUGCUUUAUUCCUUUCUUUUUCUCUCUCUGUUCCUUUAUCGUUCUACCUAUCUCUUUUCCUCUUUUUUACAUUCAUACACAUGGACACAGGACAUAUAUGUUUGACAUAUUAUUAUAUUUACUAUUAUUUUAAUUAUAAUUUCCCAGGAGUAUAUAUUAUCUUUAAUAAUCGUGGUAAUUUUUAGACUAGAAAAACAUUAUAUUAGCGGAUAGAGAUUAAAGUAUACAUAAAAAAUAAAGUAAAUAUAUAUAUAUAAAUAUAUAUAUUAUAUAUAUAUAUAUAUUGAUAAAAAAUAUUGAGAUCGUAAUUAGAAAUUGGGUCGAGUGCAUACAAUGCUGAAAGACGAUAAUGGUAUUUACGCGUAAGGAUGUUAAAAGGUCGAGCAGAUGGAUUAAAAGCGGUCUUGGCUAAUGUUGGCCAAGCUGCUCGCAGAGAAUAUUCAAUGAUUGAACAAAAAAAAGUAAAUGUAAAUGUUUGUAAACAAAUUAUGAAACAUUAUUUGUUCAGUGCCUACAUAUUUACACAGUAACAAUAAAGAUGAAGAUUAGCAAA